CGAGCGUUCCGGGUUAGGCGCAGGAAUGAAAAAAAGGUGGCCGAGCCGAGAGGAGAGCUGCGCGCCUGAAGUCCAGGGCUGACGACAGAGACAAUAAAAGGAGGAGGAAGAGGACGAAGGGCUUUUCUUUCUUGUGUUUUUGGCGGAGGAGUUGCUUCUGGUUUCCUUCUGGGACCGAAGAGAAGGGCGGCGGGCGAGGGAGCGAGAGUUUCCUCCUGUCCCAGGCGACUGCGAGGACGCUGGCUCCUGCUGCGGGCUGGCUGAGGAGGAGGCGGAGAGGGCGGUGACUGGCAAGGCAGCUGUGGGGACGCGCUUUGGGAACCCGGCGUCGGCGGGGGUUGCUAGGGGGCGGGCUUGCAACCCGCGCGCCUGCGCGCGCCCGUCGAUUCACUGUGGCUUUACUGGAGCUCCGGUAGGCAGGAGUCGACGAGAAAGUCCGCGCGAGGGGGGAGGGUGGGAGCACGCACGUCUGGAAGGCUGUGGUUGCGCGCGCCGCUCCCGCUCCGAGUGGCAGCCAGAGCCCCGCGCGGCUUCGGCAAGCGGGCGGCUGUUGUUUUGGCUGCCUCUGCCACCGCCUGCGCGGCUAUGUUUCAUUGCAUCCCGCUGUGGCGGUGCAACCGUCAUGUGGAGUCUAUCGACAAGCGCCACUGCUCGCUGGUCGCCGUGCCUGAGGAAAUCUACCGCUACAGCCGCAGCCUCGAAGAGCUCCUGCUGGACGCCAACCAGCUGCGCGAGCUGCCCAAGCCUUUUUUUCAGCUUGUAAAAUUACGAAAGCUUGGGCUCAGUGAUAAUGAAAUUCAGCGACUUCCUCCAGAGAUAGCAAACUUCAUGCAGCUCGUGGAACUUGAUUUGUCUCGAAAUGAUAUUCCUGAAAUUCCUGAAAGCAUUUCCUUCUGCAAAUCAUUACAAGUAGCAGACUUCAGUGGGAAUCCCCUCACCAGGUUGCCUGAAAGCUUUCCUGAACUACAAAACCUAACAUGUCUUUCUAUGAAUGACAUCUCACUACAAGCGUUACCUGAAAAUAUCGGAAACCUUUAUAACCUGGCAUCACUGGAAUUAAGAGAGAAUUUGUUGACGUAUUUACCUGAGUCAGUUGCCCAGCUACAAAGGCUAGAGGAGCUGGACCUAGGGAACAAUGAACUUUACAACUUGCCAGAAACUAUAGGUGCACUUUAUAAUCUUAAAGAUCUCUGGCUGGAUGGAAACCAGCUAGCUGAAUUACCUCAGGAAAUAGGAAACCUGAAAAACCUGCUAUGUUUGGAUAUUUCUGAAAACAAACUGGAAAAAUUGCCUGAAGAGAUAAGUGGUCUGACAUCUUUAACUGACCUCCUCAUCUCUCAGAAUCUUCUAGAGGUGCUUCCAGAUGGUAUAGGGAAAUUAAAAAGACUAUCAAUCUUGAAGGUCGACCAGAAUCGGCUUGUUCAGCUAACAGAAGCAAUAGGUGAUUGUGAAAGCCUUACUGAGUUAGUUCUUACUGAAAACCAGCUUCUGACUUUGCCAAAAACCAUUGGAAGGCUAAAGAAACUAAAUAUAUUGAAUGUUGACAGAAACAAACUAGUGUCUUUACCCAAAGAGAUCGGUGGGUGUUGCAAUCUAAAUGUGUUUUCGUUACGGGACAACCGGUUAUCUAGGAUUCCUUCUGAGAUAUCACAAGCCACAGAACUUCAUGUCCUAGAUGUAGCUGGGAACAGGUUGCUGCAUCUUCCCAUGUCGCUGACUAGCUUGAAGCUGAAGGCUUUGUGGCUGUCAGAUAACCAGUCCCAGCCUUUGCUUACAUUCCAGACAGACACAGACCCUGAAAUAGGAGAAAAGAUCUUAACAUGUGUUUUACUUCCUCAGCUCCCUUCUGAGCCUGAUAACCUGCCCCGAUGUGGUGCGAUGGAGAGCUUGGUGAAUGAAAUGUCAGAUGAAACAUGGAAUGAAAGGGCAGUAAACAGAGUCAGUGCAAUCCGCUUCUUAGAAGAUGAAAAAGAUGAAGAAGAUAAUGAAAUGAAGACGCUUCUAAGGCGAGCCACUCCACACCCUGGGGAAUUAAAGAACAUGAAAAAGACAGUGGAGAAUUUACGGAACGAUAUGAAUGCUGCUAAAGGACUGGAUUCAAACAAAAAUGAGGUCAAUAAUGCCAAUGACAGAGUGACCACUUCUGUAUAAAGGCUCACCUCUUCCAGGUGUUUACCUCUUGUGCCUUUCCCUUGCUGUUGAGUCGUUCCUGUUGCAUCCUGGGAUAUCAUUCAAUCAACCCUCAUUUGUUUAGCCUGAAAUCUGACUCAUCUCGUCCUUGUGUCAUUUUUUGAGAGCUGUUUCUCACUAGAAGUGCCUUAUUUCAGUCCAAGCAUUUGAACAAAGAGGGCCCAGUGCACUGAGAAAAUGUCUCCAAUAAUUAUGUUGGUUGCUUACACAGCUCCAAUUCGCAUCCUGAUGAAUUAUUGCUCUUGAUUUCCAGUGUUGUCAGUCAUCUAAUAGGUUUUUAAGGUGGUUGUUUUCUUUCUUUGAGCAAGGGAAGUACACUAUUAUACAAUAUGCAUCUCUUAUGCACAGGGGAGUUGUCUGAGCCCCCCCCCCCCCCAAAAAAAAAAGUGCUUGGGUAUUUAUACUGCCCUGUGUUGAGCUAUGGUGGAAAAAAGUAGUUAUGGAGAACUUAUCUUUUUAAAACAUUUCUGGCAGCUCAGAUGGUGUAAAUUUUAUAAUUUUGUAUAGGAGUUUCAUAACAGAAUGAUGUAUUUCAUUUUUAAAAAAAUUUUAGACGGUACAUUUUACUGUUUUUGUGGAAGAAUGUUAUGGAUAUUGAUGUCUGUCAUACCAAAUUAUGCCUUUGAUGCACCUGAAGUCAGAUUAGUGUUACAAAAAAAGAAAUCUAUGAACAGAGAAAGCAGUUUAAACAGAGGUGCCUGUUUAGUUAUGCCAUUUUUUGCAAAAAUACAAUGACUUCCCUUUAAAAAAGCAAAUUUUGCAGGGUAUUUUGUAUGCCUUGGUGAUGACAUUAGAUGUUCAAAUUGCUACUACCUUUUUUGACGUGCGCACACACAUUACCUUUUUUGGUCUGUAGCUGCAUUGCAGCCAUUCAACAGUCAGCUGCCCACUUUAAGUGAAAUGGGCCAUUUGUGAAUGUUGUAACAAGUGAACAACCAGAAGAACAGAAGUGGUAAAAACUUUUAAUUAUAUGUACUACACAGGCAUGAUA